UCUCGUGUUUAUUUAUACUUUGAAAUUGAAAACUAACAUCACUCUGACUCUGACACCUCUUUUGAAUCCCUAAUAAACUCAUCAACAAUGGCGAUUAUCUCCGAUUUUCAAGACGAUGAACAAACCAAGAAACAAACUCCUCCAUCAUCAUCAUCAUCUUCUUCUCAAUCAAAACCCUCCAAAUCCAUUCCAUUCACUUCCACCUUCGAUCCAUCAAAUCCAACCGCUUUUCUUGAUAAGGUUUUCGAUUUCAUCGCUAAGGAAAGCGAUUUCUUCGAAAAAGAUUCUGCUGAGAAAGUGAUUCUGUCCGCCGGUCGCGCUGCCAAGGUAAAGAAAGCUAAGGUCGUUGCUGCCGAGAAAGCUAAGAUUGCUGCUGAGGAGAAGGCGAAGGCUGAGAAGGUUGCGGCCGCGGCAAAGGCUGAGAAGAAGGAUGUCGAAGGUAAGGAAGAUGAGAAGAAGGAUCAAGAAAGUACAUUAGCUGCUCCAAAUAAGGGUAAUGGUAUGGAUCUGGAGAAAUAUUCUUGGACUCAAACUCUCCAAGAGCUCAAUGUGAAUGUUCCGGUGCCACAUGGAACAAAAUCAAGAUUUCUCAUCUGUGAGAUAAAGAAGAACCAUCUGACAGUCGGACUCAAAGGCCAGCCACCGAUUAUUGAUGGGGAGCUAUAUAAAUCUAUCAAGCCUGAUGAAUGUUAUUGGAGCAUAGAGGAUCAGAGUAUUGUUUCUAUUCUUUUAACUAAGCAUGAUCAAAUGGAUUGGUGGAAAUGCUUGGUAAAGGGUGAUCCUGAAAUUAACACCCAAAAAGUUGAACCUGAGACCAGCAAACUAGGUGAUCUUGAUCCCGAGACUCGAUCGACCGUUGAAAAAAUGAUGUUUGAUCAGAGGCAAAAGUCCAUGGGCCUUCCUACAAGUGAAGAGCUUCAGAAACAGGAGAUGAUGAAGAAAUUUAUGAGUCAGCACUCUGACUCUGAGACCUCUUUUGAAUCCCUAACAAACUCAUCAUCAAUGGCGAUUAUCUCCGAUUAUCAAGACGAUGAACAAACCAAGAAACAAACUCCUCCAUCAUCAUCAUCAUCAUCUUCUCAACCAAAACCCUCCAAAUCCAUUCCAUUCACUUCCACCUUCGAUCCAUCAAAUCCAACCGCUUUUCUUGAUAAGGUUUUCGAUUUCAUCGCUAAGGAAAGCGAUUUCUUCGAAAAGGAUUCCGCUGAGAAAGUGAUUUUGUCUGCCGGUCGUGCUGCGAAGGUGAAGAAAGCUAAGGUCGUUGCUGCUGAGAAAGCUAAGAUUGCUGCUGAGGAGAAGGCGAAAGCUGAGAAGGUUGCGGCCGCGGCAAAGGCUGAGAAGAAGGAUGUCGAAGGUAAGGAAGAUGAGAAGAAGGAUCAAGAAAGUUCAUUAGCUGCUCCAAAUAAGGGUAAUGGUAUGGAUCUGGAGAAGUAUUCUUGGACUCAAUCUCUCCAAGAGCUCAAUGUGAAUGUUCCAGUGCCACAUGGAACAAAAUCAAGAUUUCUCACCUGUGAGAUAAAGAAGAACCAUCUGACAGUCGGACUCAAAGGCCAGCCACCGAUUAUUGAUGGUGAGCUAUAUAAAUCUAUCAAGCCUGAUGAUUGUUUUUGGAGCAUAGAGGAUCAGAGUAUUGUUUCCAUUCUUUUGACCAAGCAUGAUCAAAUGGAUUGGUGGAAAUGCUUGGUAAAGGGUGAUCCUGAAAUUAACACCCAAAAAGUUGAACCUGAGAACAGCAAAUUAGGUGAUCUUGAUCCUGAGACUCGAUCGACUGUUGAAAAAAUGAUGUUUGAUCAGAGGCAAAAGUCCAUGGGCCUUCCUACAAGUGAGGAGCUUCAAAAACAGGAGAUGAUGAAGAAAUUUAUGAGUCAGCAUCCUGAAAUGGACUUCUCAAGGGCAAAGUUAUCUUAGAAGAUUGGAGCUAUGAUCUUACCAUGCUUUCUGAAAAUAUUAUUCCUCUUUUGAAUGCUUUUUGGGAUAAUAUAUUAGCUUACAUAUAUUUUGAUAAGUUCUAGUCCAAAUCAAUUGGGUUUUUAUUCACAAACAUAUUUGUUUGGUGAAAUUACAUUGCCUUAUCUUUUGAACAUAUAUUAGAGUUUUAUAUCACUGAUUAAGCAAUAGUUAGAAAAA